UCUUUUUCAUGCUCUCAACGGGCUGUCCGUGUGAAAUUUUAUCGCAAUGGGGAUAAAUAUUUCACUGGCUUGCUGUAUCCUUUAAAUUUCAGUAGAUACAAAGACUUUGAAACUCUUCUUAAAGAUUUGAGCUCCUCAAACUUUUGUGAUAAAAGGAUUAUGCCAUUUGGGGUUAGGACCAUAUUUACUCUCUCUGGGAUAAAAAUAACAAGUGUAAAUCAAAUGGAGGAAGGUGAAUCUUAUGUGUGCAGUAGCUCUAACUUAUUUGUCCCAAUGGAUUAUAUAAAUCAAACUUGUAAUCCUAAGUGG